UGCCUGUCAUGUGUCUGCUCAUGUUGGGCGGAGCAGCAGCAGCAGCAGAGGCUGGUGUGUCUUUACACUCAGUCAGGUGUUUCAGUGGCUGAGCGGUUUCUCGAGGAGGCAGACUACUUCCUGCUUUGUUCUUGAUUUCAUAUUUUUGUAGUGGUUUGAUAGAUUAGAGUUUUUUAUGGCUCACCUGCGCUCCUGCUUUUCAACACACAUACUUUUCUUACCUGGGACUUGACUCUGGCUGAAGCAGCCGGCUCACCGGCAUCUGAUCCCAGGACAGGAAGUCGUGACAGGGACGACGUUUAUGUCGUAGGAUAUGAUGCAUUACAGGUGACACUGGGCUUAAGCUGCUUUAUCGGCUGCAGAUUGAUUGGUUGAUGGGCUGGGCUCGGUGUUGAGGUGGAUUGAAUUUAGUUGAUCGUCUGAGCUGAGUCACAGAUCAUGGCUGGGAGAGGGACGGUCGAUCUGGCCCCUUCAGCCGCUGUCAAGGUCUUCUCAGCAGGAACAGCUGGCUGCGUGGCCGACCUGGUCACUUUCCCCCUGGACACAGCCAAAGUCAGACUGCAGAUCCAAGGUGAAUUCAAGCCCUCAGUGGGAGUCCAGAGGCCGAGAUACCGGGGCGUGUUCGGCACCAUCUACACCAUGGUGAAAACCGAGGGCGCGAGGAGUCUGUACAGUGGCCUGGUGGCCGGGCUGCAGAGACAGAUGAGCUUCGCCUCGGUGCGGAUCGGCCUCUACGACACCAUCAAGCAGGUUUACAGCAGAGGAUCAGAGAACGUAGGAAUCGGGACUCGGCUGCUGGCGGGCUGCACCACGGGGGCCAUGGCGGUGGCGCUCGCUCAGCCCACUGAUGUGGUCAAAGUCAGGUUCCAGGCUCAGGUGCGCCUUCCGGAGGGCGGCUCCGCGAAGAGAUACAGCAGCACCAUCGAGGCCUACAAGACCAUAGCCAGGGAAGAAGGCGUCAGAGGGCUCUGGAAAGGUGUUUUCCCAAAUAUAACUCGUAAUGCCAUCGUGAACUGCUCCGAGCUGGUGACGUAUGACAUCAUCAAAGAGCUCAUCCUGCAGCACAAACUGAUGACAGACAACAUGCCGUGUCACUUCACCGCAGGCUUCGCCGCAGGUUUCUGCACCACCAUCGUAGCGUCCCCGGUGGACGUGGUCAAAACACGCUUCAUGAACUCAGUCCCCGGGCAGUACAGCGGUGCCAUGAACUGUGCCCUCACCAUGCUAAUUAAAGAGGGGCCCACAGCUUUCUACAAGGGAUUUGUGCCCUCGUUUCUUCGUCUGGGUUCCUGGAACAUCGUGAUGUUUGUGAGCUACGAGCAGAUCAAGAGAGCGGUGGUGAGAUUUCAGCAGACCUGGUAGUCCUCGCUGGGUCCUGUGUGGCCGCUGCUGCGGCACUGGAGCGAUGAAGCAGGACGUUCUUAAAGAGAGAGAGAGAGUCUGCUGCCGGUCUGGACCUGCUCCUCCUCAGGGAUGAAACUACAUCUGCACUGACUGUACUGUCCAUGAAGAGGCCCUGUAGGCUCCUCUAUGGGCCCUAUAGAAAAACUGCAGGGAUGUUUUUAUGUUCAUGAUUUUUUUCAUAACAUGCGCACAUUGUUAUACAUGUUUUGUAAUGUUGUUUUAGGCCUUUUCACAGAGGACAUUGUAACAUGUUGCAGUAAUUGAUACAAUACUUUUCCAUUUAGCUGCUUCAGUUUCAGGGUCGGGUGUUUAGCUACGAAUCAAUCCCCCAGAUUGAUUUUACAACCUGGCUGAAUUUGAGCGAGACCGAGUUGGAUUCAUGGCCUGCUUGAACUUGUGUUUGGCUGUUUUCAUGAGCAGUUUCUGUUUUAUUCAUCUGAUGUCCCACAAAUCAGUAGUUGUGUAAUACUUUACAUGUUGUAGACUUGUCAGCAGAGGCGUUACAACAGGAUAUGGGCAGGUAAUGUCCUUAGGGUCCAGAGAACCGCAGUUAUGAUAUCUUUGUUUCAGGAGACUGCAAUGACACCACUGUCAGAAACCUCUAAUCUGGCCUCAUGCCAGUAGCUUUCCAUUCUUUCUUUCUUCUCGAUAAGAGUACGGUACAAUUUAAAGUGUGAGUGAAGUCACAGGCUCUGACUGCGCAUGAAGGCAGAUUAAAACAUGAGGAGUUCACACAUCUUGCAAUUUUUUUUUAAUAUUAUGCAAACUGUGAAUUAUACAUGAUAUAUGGAUUUUAUAUUUCAUGUUAUGUCCUAUACAAAUAUGCAUAUUUGUAUUUGUUCACUAGGUAAAUGAUACAAAUUAAGCAGGAUACUGAAACCACAUCCACAGGAUUUAUUUCCAAAUAAAAUAAAGUACCCAAAAA